GUCUCAACGAACCAGACUGACCUAGGAACUCACCGGUUCUUCACUGGUUCUUUACCGGUGGGCAAACGUUCUGUUAUCUUUUUAUUUUUAAUUUCUUCGGCCUUUACUUUGAAGAACAACACUCGGAAACUGAACCCAUCCGGUGGGAAGCUUGACGUUGUUUACAGCCCCGGUACCGGAGCUUCCCAGGUCGGCUACGGUACCGUAGAACUCCUGGUCCGGUACGGUACUGGAGCAGACCCCGUCCUAACGCACGGAGCACCCGGUAUUAUGCGGUAAGGACACCGCGUGUAGGACGAAGGUCACUGGAACCUUACGGCGCCGCACGGACCCGCGUCGAGACGCGGCGUCGCACGGACCCGCGCUCCAGACGUGGCGUCGCAUGGCCCCUCGCUCGAAACGCGCACCCGGCCCCGUUCCCCGGUUCCGGUACCAGUGGUCCAUCAAUGAUGGUUUCGUUCCACUCCGCCUCUGCUCGGCUGGGCGGGCGAUGGAAACAGAACUAAACGCGUCGUUACACUCAGCAGGCCACUCCCACUACCGGCUCCGCCCCCAGACGGCAGUGGAUGGAUGAUGUCUUGGAGGAGGAGCUACUCAGGGGGCGGGGCUCCCCAGGGGCUCCAGGACACCAGGGGCAGUAAGGGGCUGAUCAACCAGCCAGGACAGAACAACUGCUUCCUCAACAGUGCCCUGCAGGUCUUGUGGCACUUGGAUAUUUUCCGCCGUAGUUUCCGUCAGAUGUCGUCUCAUCGCUGCUCUCAGGACUCAUGCGUCUUCUGCGCCCUCAAGAGCAUCUUCUCAGAGCUGCAGUCCAGCAGCCGCUCUGUGCUGCCGUCGGACUCCCUGCGGACCGCCCUGGCGCUGGCCUUCAGCCGCCAGCAGCGCUUCCAGCUGGGCGGCAUGGACGACGCCGCCGAGUGCUUCGAGAACAUCCUGAUGAGAAUCCACUUCCACAUGUCUGAGGAGAGCAGCCAGGACAACAGCUCCUCCUCCCCCUGCUCCUCCCCCUGCUCCUCCCCUCUCUGCAUCCCCCACCAGAAGUUCUCCAUGAGGCUCUAUGAGCAGUGUGUGUGUAGCAGUUGUGGAGCAUCAUCAGACCCUCUGCCCUUCAAUCAGAUGAUUCACUACAUCUCCACCACCUCACUGUGUAACCAGGCAGUGGAGAUGCUGAAGAAGAGGAGCGAUGCGUCUCCUGCUAUGUUUGGGGAGCUGCUCCGUAACGCCAGCAGUGUUGGAGACCUGCGCAACUGUCCUGCGGGCUGUGGUUCCCAGCAGCCUCUGUUCAGGGUCCUCCUCAACUCCCCGGAGGUCGUCACCAUCGGCCUCGUCUGGGACUCGGCGACCUCUGACCUCGCUGGUGACCUCAUCCACGCCCUGGGGACACGCCUCCGGCUGGGGGACCUGUUCGGUCGGGUGGAGCAGGUGAAGGCGCGGGCGGCCGAGCUGUACCUGGUGGGCGUGGUCUGUUACUACGGGCGACACUACUCCUCCUUCUUCUACCACACCCGAACCCGCAGGUGGAUGUACUGUGAUGACGAGAAGGUGACGGAGGUGGGCCCCCGCUGGAGGGACGUGGUCUGGCGCUGCAUUAGGGGCCGGUACCAGCCUCUGCUGCUGCUCUACGCUGACCCCCGCGGGGCGGCGGUGGUCCUGCACCCCCCCGACCCCCCAGACCCCCCCGCCCGCGGCCCGCAGCCCCCCGGCCCCGCCGACGACAGCGAGGACUCAGGGCGGGACCUGUCCGUCUCCAGUGAUACCCGUACCGAUUCGUCCACAGACAGCUGCUCCCGCCCCCCCAGCAGACAGACAAACACAGGGGAGCCUCUGAAGGAUCACAAGGCCGCCUGCCCUCCUCCACGCUCCUCCUCUUCCUCCUCCUCCUCCUCCUCUUCCUCGAGGAGGCUCCGUGACUUCAAGGAGACGAUGACCAGUAUCAUCCACAGCCGCCCGCUCUCCUGCUCCUCCUCCUCCUCACUCCCCUCCUCCUUCCCCGCUGGCCCCGCCCCUAAAGGGCAGGACUGGGAGACGGACAGCUGCAGCAGCGAUUGGCGGGCGUGUGAGCGGGGGGGGUGGGGCGUCUGGAGGCCCAAGAGGGAGGGGCUAAACAUCGACGGCCUCUUCAGCCGCGAGAGGCGGCGGCAGGCCGGCGAGAGAAACAGCAGCCCAGUAGACCGGCCCCCCGGUCCACUGGGCCUCCAGACCCCCUGCAGAUCCUCCGGUCGCAGUGAGCUGGACGAGCUCCAGGACGAGGUGUGGAAGCAGGCGAGAGAGGAAGAGGAGCAGACAGAGAGGGAGAGAGAGAGAGAGGCAGCCAUGGGAUUUAACCCCACACCCAGCAAGGUCCUGGACCUGGACCAGCUGCAGAUACAAGGCACCAGGGUCAGGGCCGAGCGAUGUGUAUCUGAGGCGGAGCUUCAUUUGGACCAAUCAGUGCGUCUGGAGAAGGCGGGAGAGGUGGCUGCUGCCCUCUCAGUGGUCAACGAAGCUGUCACAAAGCUCACAUCCACGCUAGCAGGGAUUCAUCCAAGCAACCAGCGCAGGAGAACUGGCUCACAGGCACGUCUGCAGGGCUGCCUGCAACGAGCACGAAGCCUACAGCAACGCAUGCUGCUGCAGCAGGAAGUACAGCAAAAACUAAAGCAGGAAGUAGAGCAAAAAUUACUGCAGGAAGCACAGCAAAACCUAAAACAGGAAGUACCACAUAAACUGCAACAGGAAGUACAACUGAAAAUACAUCCAGAUGUACUACAACUACAAUGGGACGUAAAACAAGAAAACAUACAACAACCGGAAGUAAAACAACAGCUGAAACUACAACAGAAUGCACAACAAAAGCAGAAAUUACCAAAUGAACUACUAGCAAUAUUAAGCCAAGAAAAUAUUUAUUCUAAUAAGAACCAUCAGUAUCACCAUGGAUACGGUCAACAACCACAACCCUUCCUCCUGCUAGCAUCAGCUGGCUUCCUGGAGGAGGCGGAGCUACAGCUACCACAGGCCUCCAGUUCAAAGCCUGUCUUGCUCGAAGUACUUCUGACAGACAGACAGGAGCACCAAGCCCCGCCUCCUGUUGACUCCACCCCCAUUAGGCUGGCCCCUACAGGUUCACCCCGGGAGGACUGCAGGGGGGCUGACGAGUCCCUCCCCCCCCCUCCUCCAGGCCAUGCCCCACCAACUGGCCACACCCAUAAAAUUACAGAUAGGCACAGACGCACACAGGCCCCUCCCCCUUUCAGCUCAGCCCCACCCCCUUCUGCCAUGGCAACCAUGUCUGUGGAGCACCGGCCGCACGCUGAAGGCCCGACCGACCAAUCCCAGGACACCCUGCGCGGCUCGACCAUUCAGGACACGUCUGAGCUGGACGCCUUGUACCGGGCCAGCCUGCGAGCUCCCAGAAUGCAGCGGGGCAGCAGAAACAGAGCCAGCAGGUCUAAGACGCCCACAGCAGAGAUGGAGAAAUACCCCGACCGAACCCCACCCACCCUACAGUUCCAGGGAGGUUUCCAUGACGAUGAGGACGACAGUGCAGGGAGCCUGCGACGCACCAGCCGACGGCUGAGGGCCCGGGCCCGCCCCGACCGAUACCGCUCCUCCCCUCCUCCUCCUCCCACAGAGCACUCAGAUCAGACUGACAGGAGUUCCCCCGAGCUGAGGAACCUCGUUGGCCAGGCUCUACAGCACCAGCCCCGGGCCCCAUCCGCCUUGCUCUAG